AUGUCUACCUUGCUGGAGACGCGAGUCAGUCAUCCCAUCACCAAGGCAAUGAUGUCUGCUCGUUCGUCUAUCUUCUCACUGGCCAGUCGGUUGUUGCAAAUGCGUCAUCGGCUCGAGACGGCCCGAACUGCUGUCACCGAUCUGGUCGGCCUAGAGACUGCGUUAAAUUACUCUCUCAGACAGUUUGAGCACCGAUGGCGAUUGGCCGUUGCCUGGCGCGAGCCUCCUAGCGCAGAUGUGGCCAGGAGUCACUUGAUCGCGCUUGUUGUGAGUCCGGCUUACCGGCAAAAGACUCGUUGUUUGAAUCGUUGCAGAACGAUUUACAUGUUUAGAUCGAACGAAUUUCAACUCUAA